AGCCCCUGGAGCCGCAGGACCAGCUGCUGACCGGUGGCCACACACCCCAUGGACCUCCCACAGGCCUCCCCGAGCCCCGUGGCUUCAGCCGCUUCAACAGCGGGGAGCCACCCCAUGCCGAUGCCGAUUCCUGCCGUCGUUUUCAUCGCCGUCGGCCUCUACUUGCUGCUGCUGGUCCUAGUGCUGGGGACCAGGCGCUGUCUCCUGGCCAGGGGCUGCUGCCCGGACUGCGGGGAGUCCUGUGGAAAGACGGGGGGCCGAGGUCCCUGGGAGUGCUGCUGCUGCUACUGCUGCCGGGACUGUGCCCGGGCCUGCAACUUCACCCUGCCCGGUCCAGCUCGCUGCCUGGAUGGCUGCUGCCCCCGCCCAGCUGAAUGUAGUUGGGUCCCAGGUUGUCCCCACUGCUGUCCACUGUGCGACUGUGCCUGUGCCUGCCAGCCCCCCGACUGCCAGAGCCUCAACUGUCUCUGCUUCGAGAUCAAGCUGCGCUGAAGAGGACCUAGCAAUGUCGCCCCGCCGGGGACCCCGCCGCUCUCCGGACCCGGAACCUCAUCCGUCCAACCGCCGGGCCGCCCCCCCUGAGUCCCGGGAACCCCUCCGCCCCCCUCCAGGGACCAGGCCCCACCGCCUCAGGGCCAGAAAAGCCUUUCUCCCCCGCGCCUCGGGGCGGGAUCUUCCGCCGGACCAGACCCUCUCGCGGGGAAGGAAUCGCCUCAAGGCCGGCUGCCCCGGCAGGACACCCUCCACCCCCGUGGGGGAUGGAUUCGUGGCCCCUCUCGGCGGUGCUCACCACUACCUGAGUUUAGGGGUCCAGGGAAGGGAGCAGACCCAAAGGGAUGGUUCGGGUGGACCGCUACCGAAUCCGGGGAAGAACCCCCAUCCCUGCCCCAAGGGAUGCCAGUUGUUCCUUUGGAGGACGCCACGGGGGUGAGCUGGCAUUUCUUGGACCGGACUGCCCGGGGGAAUGAGUUCACAGUAGGGAGAGAUCUUGGGGUCGGGGCUGGCACUCUUUCUCCCCAACCCCGCCCCUCCUGAGCAACUCUGUCU